UUCAUUGUUCUAGAAUAAUACAUUAUCCUUUAGACAAAAAGCUGCAGCGUUUAAUCAGUAAUCAGCGGAUAUAAUUUCCAAAACUUCAGUUGAAUUAUAAUAAUAAUAAGUGAGUUGGUUUUGCGUUCGAUCGCAACAGAAGUCCCUAAAAGCUCCUGAUGCCACCGCCUUCUCGUACCUUGCAGUCGGCACGCCUGCGCUCAUUUCCUGCGGGGAUGCCACGUCCCGCUGGGACUUUGUCUUCGUGACGUAGCUUCGAAUCAGAGCCCAGUUUAUAUUGAAUAUCACCCUUCGCUGCCCACACUCAGCGUUCGUGCCUGUCUGCGAAUAAUCUUUCCUCAUUGACUCCAAUACAGGCAGGCUUCGACGGUAACAAACAGCAGUAGAAAGUGGUUUCUACUAGCAAGAGAUUAAGAUUAAUAUUAAUCUAAUUUACAGCAUCACUUGUUUUUUUUUUUUUGUUUGUGAAUCCAAUCGGUCACGUCUACUCUUUCGUGGCAACUUCAAGAGCUUCGCACCUGUCAGUAAUCACCACAUACUGGUAUGUCUCGGCGAAAACAGGCUAAACCACGCGCCCUUAAACAUGAUGAACUCGACGACGAUUAUACCGAUGAAAGCCCUGAAGAGGAUGAAUCGACGAUAGCACUACUCUUAGGGAGAAGAAAAAAAUUACUGGCCACAUAAUUACAGGAUUAGAAGACACGGCAACGACCUUCACUCGCAAGUGCGAUCUGGAGGUACCUACGGUUGCCAUGGGGACCGAAAACAGUUUUGAAUCAGGAUUGAACGGGGGAAUGAGAACCCCCACUUCCUGGAGGUCUUCAGAUACCCCCGACGACCAGUCUCUUUCCAUGUCGCCCACGAGCUGUACCACACCCUCGGACCCAGACGUUGACCUCUCCUACACUAUCGGUGUUACGGAAAAUACGCCUCACGCAUGUCAGUUCUGCGAGAAAGCCUUCCCUCGCCUCAGCUAUCUCAAGAGGCAUGAGCAAAUCCACAGUGACCAAAUGCCGUUUAAAUGUGACUACUGCCAGCGACUGUUCAAGCAUAAGCGUAGCCGAGAUCGGCACAUCAAGCUCCACACAGGGGACAAAAAAUACCGCUGUCCGCAUUGCGAAUCUGCAUUCUCACGAAGUGACCACCUCAAGAUUCAUAUGAAGACACACGAUCAUGCAAAACCUUUUCAGUGUACUGUUUGUAAUCGAGGUUACAACACUGCGGCAGCGCUGACUUCACACGUGCAGAACCACAACAAGAAACAAGCUGUUUACACUUCCUCUAUUGCUCAUGCUCGGUCGCAGUCAUUUCGGUGUCUCCAGUGUUCGACGUAUUUCCUCAACGCCAAAGACCUCCAGGCUCAUGUAGGGGCACAUUGUGGAGAAACCCCAUCACCGAGUGACAAGACAAGCCGGUGCACCUUUUGUCACGAACCCUGUCUUAGUCCAGAGGCUCUCUUACUGCACGUUCAACAAAACCACCCCUCCAAGUCUCAAGGAAAGCACCUGUCUUACCAAGAUAUUUACCCUUCUGUACAAGACUUGGUGCAUCAUGGAAAGAUUCCUGACGAUGUUGAGAUGGAGAGUAUAAGCAGUAGUGUUGAAGUUAAAAGAGAGUAUAACAAUUUUCCACGUGGCUUCUGCACAAGAAACGGUUUCUCGUCACUAGACGUUGUACAGUUACAUGUGCAAACAGAGCAUCUAUCAACAACAGGUAAAGAUGUGGGGCAAAUUCUGCUGAAUUACCCAUCAUUUUUUAACUUUUCAUCUUUAGCAUUGUCUUUGCAGCAACGUGAGAUUCGUAACAACAACGGCAGUUUCACCUGCGAGUACUGUAACACGAGGUUUGAUAGUGUCCAAAGUCUACAAAAGCACACACUUUCUGCUCACAAUCUAACAGAUCUGCUUGAUAACGUGGAAGAAAAUCUUUACUGUUCACAUUGUAAUGUGACAUUCCUAAAUAUCAACUCUCUUUCAGAACACUUGAAAUCCAUCCACGAGGGAAGAAACAGAAGUCCAAAGAGCCAACAAAGUCCAGCUAGAUCGAAAGGUAGCUCUUCAGAUUCUUCUCCAGGCAUUGCUACGGAAACCAGUGAUAACUCAUCCAUAAAUUUAAAAUUACAUACGUCUAAAGAACCUCCAGUGAACGGGACCAUUCAACAGUUCUUACACAGCGGCCCUUUGCUGUGUAGUCAAUGCAGUGCCGGAUUCCCGGAUUUCGAAUCCUUUCGGACUCAUCUAAAAAUGCACUUAGAAGAGGUGAUUCCAAAAUAUACCUGUAGGGAGUGUGAGGACGAGUUUGCCACUGAAGACCAACUUGAUGCACACGUGAUGUCCCAUUUCUUAUCAACCACCACCGAGUACAGCUGCCAAUGUUGUUAUAAACUUUUCUCCAAACCAGACGAACUACAGAAACACUUAAUAGAUAUUCACUCUCAUCUUCUCUACAAGUGUUCCCUUUGUAAGGAAAUGUUUAAUUCUAAGGGAAGUAUCCAAACUCACUUUGCCGUAAAGCACAGUAACGAAUACCGCCUGUUCGAGUGUAUACCUUGUAAAGUGAUUUUUCGCACUGAAGUUGAGUUCCAGUUACACGUGAAAGUUAUGCAUAUGUUCAAGACACAUCCUUUUCGCUGCUUACUCUGUGACCAAUGUUUCCCCACAGAAUUCCAGCGCCAAUAUCAUCUAAACACUCACAUAAAGCAGUUUAUCUGUACAUUUUGUGAAGAGGCCUUUCAUGUUGAAUUUUUACUGGAUAAGCAUAUUCAGGCUUGUCACAGUGACCAUCGUUCCAUCCCUACCAGUGACGUUCAAAAUCUUAGCCUUAAGCCACCAGACCUUAAAGAUAAGACGAUGGCGCCCUCUUUAGAGUGUAGGAAAGACUUAAGGUGCGAAAUAUGUGACAGUUGUUUUUCUUCGGAAAGUCACUUAAACUCACAUCGUCGACAAGUUCACAACAUUCGAAUAUCCGGUUCUCAAAAACCAGGGCAAGCAACUUUAAGUUUAUUUUGUGCCUAUUGCAACGAAUCUUGUAAAUCUCGUUCAGAUUUAGAAAAUCACAUGAAGGCGCAUACAAUCAGCCCUUCCAAACAUAAAUGUAACAUCUGUGAUGAAGUUUGUCCCACUGCAGCAACACUUGCUGAACACAAGCUGAACCAUUGUAAGGUUCUGACCGCAAGCACGUGUGUGACUUGCAAGAAAUCUGUACAGAAUGAAAAUGAAUUUUACUGCCACGUCCAGCAGCACGUAACCAAUGGUCUCCCUGUUCAUUGUGUUAUCUGUCAACAGACUCUAAUGUCAGACAUGGAAAUUCAAGUACACGCCAAGUUUCACCUGAAAAACUGUGACCGUUUUUACCACUGCUGCGUCUGCGCGAAGCGGUAUGAAAUGGAUAACCUCAUUAUAACCGGGAAACAAGACAACGGUCACACCUACAUGUGUAAAGACUGUUUUUAUACGAAGAGUGAGGAUCUACGUUGCCCAGAUUGUCAUGUGAAGUUUGAAGCCUUUGCUGCAUUAGAAAAGCACAGGCUAACUCAUAAGAAGACAUACCAGUGCAUUAAAUGUCAAAUGUCUUUCAAAAGUGAGGCAGAAAUCCAGGCUCACGUUACCUCGCACAUGGCUCAAGAAGGGACCAAACAUGAGUGUAAGUUGUGUCAAACAGUGUUCGAGUCUCCAGCUAAACUCCAAUGUCACUUGAUUACGCACACAUUUGAAGGCUGUAGCUUUUAUACAUGUUACAUGUGUAGUGCAGUGUUUACUUCCCCGCACUUAAUACAGCAACACAUGUUACAACAUGGACUAAGUUCUCGACCGUACGACUGUGCUAAUUGUCACCAGAGAUUUUUCUUUCGCGCUGAAUUAGAAAACCAUUCCCAUGUACACAAGGAAAGCAAUGCUAGUGAAGAGCAGGCCAACUGUCCAGAGCAUAAAAAAGUAUUUAACAACACGGUUAGUCUUAAUCACCAUAGCAAGAUCCACGAACAAAAGAGUGACACAUUACAAUGUCCAUUGUGCCCGGAAGUCUUUCGAAAUUCUGAUGAAGCACAGCAGCACUAUUUUCGAUACCAUGGUGACACAGAGCUUCAAGAUGGUAAUAAAUCCUUUCCUUGCACAGAGUGUGGAAAAGUCUUUCCAUGUCUAAGCAACCUCCAGGGUCACAUAAAGAUCCACACUCAAAGGUUUGCUCCCACUCGAAAUCUGAAUAUUCACAUGCGCUCACACAGCGGGGGGAAACCUUAUGAAUGUCCUCUCUGUAAAAAACGUUUUGCUCUAAAGGAAAAUCGAAAGGCACAUUUAAAGUCCCACGCUGGUCUCAAACCUUUCAUGUGUCCCCACUGUGGAAAAACGUUCUCUCGCAAAUGUCACAUGAAGGAGCACAUGUGCAUCCACAUCACUUCCACCACCUACCCUUGUGAAUUUUGUAGUGAAACCUUUAGUUCGCUCAAGCAGCUGAAGCGCCACCUUGUGGGUGUUCACCAUAAACAUUAUGAUCACGUAUGUCGUGUAUGUGGAGAUGUUUUCAAACACUUAAGAAACUUUCAGAGCCACAUGCAAAAGAAUCACGAUGUGACUACAACAAACACCGAAAAGAAAUUUCCAGAAGAUUUGUCCGAUUCUUCUCCUGGUCAAAGUUCAACAUCAGGAGAUAAGAAUGACUUUGAAGGUAGCGAGACUAGUAGCUUAGUGGAAGGUGGUAACGCGAGGAAUUCUCCAGACCGAACAGUUGAUAAUAACAUUUCAUUGUCUUCAAAGGCGGCAGCAUAAUCAAAUGUUGUGUAGAAUGUAUAAAGGUUAACUUGCCACGAAAGUGACCUUCAGUAAGAAAAAAAAAUCUGUUUUGUUCAUUA